AUGCCCACGUCAAAAAAACCAGCGCGCACCGGGAAAAAGCCAGCAAAGCAGCCCAAGCAAACCGGGUGGUUCACUAUCCGCCGUAUCUUGGACGAGAAGCGUGUCGCAAACAGGGUCCAGUAUCUCGUCGACUGGGACGACGACGUCAACACCGGAGAGUCGUACGAGCCUACCUGGGCUUGGAGUGCCGACGUAACUGCCCUAGCCAAGGACGACUGGCAGAGGAUCAAAGCAUCAACCACCGCCGCACCACCUCCACCGACCUCAGAGUCUCUCGCCAGCCAGAAUAGCCCCAGCGACCAGUCUCCGCGCCCUGCGAACUUCCGUCAGCUAGAGCGGGCAAAGACGAAAGCGCGAGCUAGAUCCUCAUCGACUACCUCCGCUGAUAGCAUCGAUGCUGGGCCGGCCCCGAAGCGCCUGCGAUACAGUCCCAGCCCUUCCGCGGAACCAGUGCCCUCCAUUGUCUCGGCGCAUUCUUCCAGUCCCGACGCCGAUGUACCCGAAAUCGAGAGCCCGACCGACGCCGUAGCUGACUUCUUUGUUGGUAUUCCCAAAGCGGCAGACUUUGACCCCACGGACUUCCUCAGCGUGCGCGGAUCGCAGUCCGCCAGCUAUCCGUCGCAAUCACUGAGCGAGCUUGAAGAGCAGGAUCAGCGACUUGCCCUUUCUAGUCAAAUAAGCUCUCGAACUAUUCCAGACUCUCAGGACUUCUCAGGCCAAACACUAUCAACUGCAUCUCAACUUGUCGAUAGCCUUGUCUCAUCUAAGACUGAGUCUAGUUGCGUUGUGAUUCCGGACUCGCUGGAACGAGCAGAAGACCACAUAAUCCCAGCAGUGGAUGCUGGAAAUACCCAAGAGCAUAUUCCAGAAUCCAGCAUCCCAGCUGAGGCCAACGCAAACUCCGCCAUCCCUUCCCACCAGCAACGCGCAAAGGAGCCGUCUUUCACUGACGUCCCUGCAUUUGAUACCAGCCCGGAUCGUUCAGCUCAGCCUUCGAAAUCAUCGCAAGCUGCAGCUGGUGGCUUAAUCGCAGCAAGCACCCUCGAGUUGCCAGAAUUCCUGACCCAAGUUGAAAUACUCGAGCCUCCUACUUUUCUCUCCACGUCGACCCCGCAAGAACAACCAUCACUACCACCUAGCCCGGCCCCCGAAAGCCCGGCCCUCGAAAGCCCGGAUCCGCAACACGGACACCGACCAUCGCAGGACGCUCAGGUGGUCUUUCCGCUGCACGACGUCAGCAUGGAAGACAAUACAGAUAGUAACCCAGGCACCCAGCGGUCCGCUGUGGACGAGCUAAAAGACAUAUUUACUAUUAAACCAAUGAGCUAUUCCGGCGCAGAACCGCAGGAUGCUAGCAAUCAAGCAACAAGCACUGAGAAUGAUGUCUCAGGGUUGUCUGAGGCGCCGAGAGAAAUGCAGCCAAAUUCGCCACCGCCCGUGGGUUCUAUCGACUCCAGUCAUUGGCAUUUGCCUACAGAGGCUGGGGCUGUCAAUGAAUCAGGCCCAACCGGCACAGCCAGCGGGAUCGCUUUCAAUACCCAGCCAGAUACUCAUGCGCAGCUCCUCGUGCCCAUCCAUACCCAUGAAGAGCUGCCUGGCACAAUUUCGCCCUCCGAUGUCUUACAGUCUGCCGGUGCGGUGCUGGAUGCCGACGCCGGCCUAACACUUGGCGCACUCGGAGUGUCCCCUUCGGCUAUUUUCGGGAGCUCUGCGGAACCCAUACCGGCGGCACAGAAGCCCCCAAGUUCGCCAUCAUCAUCCGCUACCAGCGACGAUCCUAUACUGAUGCAGCAUAUCAUUACGUUGCCGUUCCAAGCAAGCCUGCGGCCAGAGUAUGACGCUACUCUGCUCGCCCACAAGAAGCUAGUCGAGAACUUUUCUGAAGUCUUUAGCAACGAAGAGUAUGUCGAGCCUGAGCCAAGCCUUGUUGCAAAGAUAGAUGACCUAUUCCUUGCUCUACGCAACCUAUGUGACUACCCACAAGAUAUUAUUGGAACAACACUUGAAAACCUUUCGCCGCAGGAGCAGGUGAAAUACGCUUGCGAUGCCAACCCAAAGUUUUGUUUUGUCUUUGAGCUUUUGAAUGGCAUAGAGACAAACCAUCGCGUUCUUAUUAUUGUUCAAUCCGUUGAACUUAUGCGUCUUCUGGCAUACGUUACGACAGCUCUGAAGAUUGAUUGUUCUGCGCGAGCGCUCGAAUCAUUGAAAAACAGCUCAAAUGAGUCUGCGUGUAGUGUGACACUGGCACUGCCCGACGAAGAAUUCGAUAUCGAUGAGUUCGAGGUUGUUAUUGGCUUUGACCACUCAUUUGGUGGUUCCCUGGUAGCCAGAGCGCUAUCACCAGCUGGACAAGCAACACGUCCGCCCUUGGUGCUAUCGCUGGUAACAACACACUCUAUUGAGCAUCUCGACCGGCAGCUGCCCGAGGAUCUCAGCCCUCUAGAAAGACGCCACGCGCUCUUAGUGAGCAUCGUCAAUGCUAGAAAGCUUACGAACGAUCCGGACCGUGGCUAUCCUGAACCGUACCAAAUUGCGAGCAUCUUCUACGACUAUCUCAAUGGGGCUAUCGAAGGAGUGCUGUGGGAGCCUAUUCCAAUCCCGGAAGGUGUACUUGAUAUCUAUAUGAACUCACAGUCGCAGUCGCAGUCGCAAUCGCUGCCAGCGGCCGAGACAGAAGUUAGCCGUAAGCGCAAACUGGAUGAUGACAACGAAGAAGAGGCCAAAAGGGUGCGCAUGAUUCCUAAGGCAGUUACAACUAGCAAAGAAGAAGUGCCUCUGCCUGACGAUGUGCGCUGGCUUCUUGAUUCUGCAGCAGAGGCGAGCAAUACACUGCCCGGCGCAGGUGUGUCCAUUCAGGUUUCAUUGGCAGUCCUCCAGGCGAUCGCCGAGAAGGCGUCAGGGCUUGAGCGGCAAGUUUCCGCUAGUGACAUGACAGCACAGUACCGAGGAAUUAUUGAAAACCAGGAGGCGCGAAUCAAGGACUACGAGCGAACUGAAGCCAAAACAUAUCGGGCUUAUCGGGCGGCACUUGAGGAGCGCACUGCUUUCGAGAGAGAAAAGAAGAAAGCUGACACUGCGCUCCAAUCAGCACAAGAAGCGGCACAAAAAGAGAGCACAAAAUUGCAGGCGAAGAUUGGAGAGCUAGAAGCAACGGUUUCACGACUUACAACAAGCAGUGAUGGUGAGGAGGCCAGCCCUCUGGCAACGUCCGAAAGACUACUCAAGGAGGCUCAGGAACAUAUCAAGAAGCUCGAGAAGCGUCUGAAAAAUGCUACGCAGGAUGGCGAAUACGCCAAGAACGCGUAUCAAGAAGCGUCCAACUCAGCAACCACACUGCAGGUGGAGAAUAGGGAACUCAAAGAGCAGAACGAAAAGCUUCGCAGGCUGGGCUCGGACGUCGUGACUAGGGUUCACGAGAUUCACAGCGAAUCCAUGGCCAAGACGUACCUGAAGCAGAUUGGCGAGAUGAAGGUGCAGAUGCGGGAGCGCGAGAUGGAGCUGGACCGUGUGCGGGAGGAGCUGCGGCAGGCGAGGACGCGGCGAGAGACGCGGCAGGCAAGCGUACCGCGCAGUCCUCGCAUGGGUCUGAUGAGCCCCCGCACCGGCCGUCCGUACACGAACCCGGCGAGCCGGGGGACGAGCCCGACGGCCACGACGGAGGGCGCUAUGAUCGGGGCUCUGCCGGCCGGGAACGGGAACGGGCGAUGGAACCACCUCAGGGAGUAA